CCGCUCCUUCUCAGUUUACUCCAAGCAAGCUUGACUACCAAAACCGCCGCCCUCAAAGCCUCAAACCAACAGCUCUCUGACCUCAGCUAGCAAUUCUAAUGGCGACGGCAGCUACCAGUCGGCCCAGCGGUCCGGUCCUCUCGAUUCCCAACCACGGCUGCGCCUCCCCCAACCGCGUCAAGCUUGCCGCCGCCGUCGGCGCCCGCUCGCCGGGCAAGUCCGUCCGCGCCUCCUCGCCAUCCGCCGGCAGGAGCCGUCAGUCCUGCAUGUGCUCCCCGACGAACCACCCCGGCUCGUUUCGCUGCAGCAAGCACAAGGCGUGCAAGCAGGAGGCUCCGGCCGGCCACCGCAAGCCCGCCUCCCCGCCUUCAGCCAGCGGCGCCUGCAAGCAGGGGACGAAGCGCACUGGAAGCGCGCUGGUGCUGGUCGGCGGCGGCGCCGUGGAGAGCGGGACGUGGGCGCGCAGGGCGCUCGCGCCGUCCCCGCAGUCGCAGAGCCGGCGGCGCACUGCCGGCUGCUUCCGGCCCCGGACCACCCGCCUCUCCGCCGUCUCCUUCGCUGGGGACCGUGCCGGCGACAACCGCCGGUGAACAUGCCAUAGCCGUAGCAAGAUAAUACUAGUAAGUACGUACUGAGGAUAGGAAAGAAAUUGAGGAGAAAUUCUCUCCGUCCGCUGUAAGUAAUUAGCCGGUGGUAGACUGGAAUUUUUUAUCCAGCCGGUCCCCGAUGUGCGCAUAGAUAGCAGAGUUCGUCGUCCUUCCUGUAUUGGUUCUGGAUAUAUAAAUGAGUGAGAAAUGGAGACAUUUGGAUA